GACUCAUAACAAACCCCUAUUUGAAAUACUUUAUGAACGACUUAUCUAAGUCCUGCUCCGCCAUUAUUGUUGUUAGGGAAGCUUUCCGAAUAAAUUUCUAGAAAGAAAUGGCCGGAGCAAAAAUAUUUGUGGACAAAAAGCUUGCCCAAGGCAAUAUUGUGGUGUUUUCAAAGUCAUACUCUCCUGAAUGUAAGCUGAUUCAAAGGAUUUUAGCGGAAUACAAUCUAAAGAACUUGCUGUACGUCGACAUGGAGAGCAGACAAGACUGUACCCAGUUAGAAAACUAUUUACAGAUUCUCUGUCAGACGGAUGCCAGAUCGGUACCACAGCUGUUUAUUGGUACAAAAUACAUAGGGGGAGAAAAGGAACUGAUAAGAAUGCAUGAAUCUGGACAGCUUAAAAAGGUUUUCGAGGAAAACAAAUAACACUUCACGAGAAGCUGCUCGAUAUAUGCACACGAUGUUGUGGUGAAUAAUCAAACUACUGUGAGAUGUGAUGCAAUGUACACUUAUCUGUGACGUAAAAAGUGCGCAAUUGACGUUCCAGUUGCAGAUAUGAGAACUGUUUAUCUACAAUAUGUCAUACUUGAACUCAUCGAUGCUAAAUAUAUAAACGAUUAUACCUAGAUGCAAACAAUUGGGCGUAAGUUGGGAGAGGGUUGAGGAAAGUACCGAGCUCAUGACAGUAAAUAGUUUUAUAUAGCAUUGCAUAGAUUUACAAAAUCUGUUUAAAAUGCUAUUUUAAAAUUCUUUGCCUUUGAAAUUGGAUGUACAACUUUGAAGUUGCAAAUUCUUUGAUCAUUUCAGAAUUUUCUAUGUGUUCGACAAAAUAUUUUCCACACAAUUGGGUCAUCGUGGACUAUUUUGAGACCGUGUCCUUUAUUUGAAUUAUACUUAUAUUGGUUAUACAGGAAGACAUUGAAAUACAAAUCUUUAUCAAAGCA